CAAACAACAUAAAUUGAGAAUUGCCGACAGCGCAUGUUAGUAUAGUGAAGAAACAUCUUUGAGAGGCUUGCUGUGAAUAUUUGAACUCCCAACACAUAAGGCUAUAGUUUCCGGCUGCGUUUGGAAUAAAUGAGAUAACUAAAGCAUUUAAGGCGGCAAAUUGCAUGGGAAGGGCAACGGAUGGACGUUGAGCGAGGAAUGAGAUAAGCAUCUUUUCACUCGUCGAGUUGUACCCGCGCAGCUGCAGCUCGCUCUCCCGCAGCAGCAAAGGCUUUGCAGGACAUCAUUCGGCGGCUUAAACGAAGACAUUGCCUUGUGCUAUCUACAUUAACUUCAAUUGUACGUCGGCACCUCAACGAUGGUAUCAAUGUUGGUCUCAAGGGGUGAUGUAAGCUGAAUUGUUGGAUGCGGUUGCACGCAGAGGACCUGUCCAUAUGCUGAGGUGCUGAUGCGGCUUUGAGAGAAGCGAGCAUGGCUGCCGGGAAGUUGCUACUCUACGCCGGGCUCUCCCUCUCUCUCUGCGCUCUGGGUAUGCUAGCGGUGGCUAUCUGUUCCGACCACUGGUACGAAACGGACGCCAGGAGGUAUAGGGAACGGUGCCGAAGUUUCUCCAGCCGCCGGAAGGUCCCAGGCUUUAUUUACAUCCCAAACAACAGUCUCCCGUUGCGCGCUAGCCGAUCCAGGCUGGACCACUGGGAGGAGAAGCUGCUGUUGGCUCGCAAUCGACGGCAGCUGUUCGCCAUGAGCGCUGCGGACGAGUGCAGCAGGCAGUACAAUUCUACCAACAUGGGUCUGUGGAGCAAAUGUCAUCGACUGGGCUUCGACCAAGAUAUCGAAGACCUCAUUCGGAAAGGUUCACUUGUGCGGUGCUCCUACAUCAAGUACCAUUACUCCUCGGCGACAAUACCUAAGAACCUGUCCUACAACAUCACCAAAACCAUCCGCCAGGACGAGUGGCACUCCUUACACUUGCGGCGGAUGACGGCAGGCUUCAUGGGCAUGGCGGUGGCCAUCAUCCUGUUCGGCUGGAUCGUCGGCGUGCUGGGCUGCUGCUGGGACCGCGGCCUCAUGCAGUACGUAGCUGGCCUGCUCUUCCUCAUGGGAGGCACCUUCUGCAUCAUCUCCCUCUGCACCUGCGUGGCCGGCAUCAACUUCGAGCUCUCCCGCUACCCGCGCUACCUGUACGGCCUCCCUGACGACAUCGGCCACGGCUACGGCUGGUCCAUGUUCUGCGCCUGGGGCGGGCUGGGCCUCACGCUCAUCGCCGGCUUCUUCUGCACGCUGGCGCCCUCCGUGCAGCCCCUCCCCCGCUCCACCUGCCCCAAGUCCCGCCAGGAGAACGGCACAGUGUGCUAGAGGACCGGGCUGUCCGCCACCGUGGACCGCCUGACAGGACAGCCGAGAAGAGGCGAUGAAGACCGACGAAGACUGACGAAGCGAAACGUCAACAAACGUGCAAACUAAUCCCACGCGUUCAUUUCGAAAUCAUCUCCGGUCUUUCCUGGCUGCGGACGUGUUUUUUUCUUUCAUUUUUUUUUUUCCUUUUUUUUUUAUCGUGCGUGUGUGUAAUAUAAUGGGUGUCUUGAAUCUGGUAUCUUGAAAAAUUACAGUAAAAAAAAAAAAAAUUAUAAGACUGAGAAAUAUAAUCAACGAUCUGAA